UCCCUCUCUGCAACAAAGCCUGCUGACAACCUUCCCUAGACAGACACCAAAAACAACAACAAAAGACGGCCCAUUCCCUCUCUCUCUCUCUCUGUCUUUGGUCUUUUGCUUUUUCUCUUCCCUUCCACUGUUUUUUUCUGCCAUUUCUCUCGCCCAUUCUUCAAAGCAACAGGAAAGCUACAUUUUUUUGUUUUUUGACUCACAAAAGAGCAAGAAAACCGUUAAAGAAUAUAGCACAGUCGCCGGAAAUGUUUCCGCCGGUGCAUUUACCGGCAUAAAAAGCAAAAUGCAAGAGACCCUUCUGGCCACACUAUCAGAAAACCCCAAAAUCAAAGCCAAAAACAGCAAAGAUGUGUCUCUGCUAGUCCCCUCACCGUGCCAUCUAGUGACCACAAGAACCCGAUCCCAGCCCAACUACCGGCGCGUGACUCCCACGCGUGACGCGACGACCACCACCAUCAAUUCUCGUAUUGACACCGGCUGUUCCUUGGUGGAGAAGGUGCUGCCCAAUGGGGAUAUUUAUACUGGGGGGUUGGUGGAUGGUGUGCCACAUGGGAAGGGGAAGUAUUUGUGGUGUGAUGGGUGUAUGUAUGAAGGAGAGUGGAAGAGAGGGAAGGCUAAUGGAGGUGGGAAGUUUUCUUGGCCAUCAGGAGCUACUUAUGAAGGUCAGUUUAAGUUAGGGAGAAUGGAUGGUUACGGUACUUUUAUUGGUGUAGAUGGUGAAGUUUAUAGUGGAAAUUGGGUGAGUGAUAAAAAGCAUGGCUUUGGUGAGAAAAGGUACGCCAAUGGGGAUGUUUAUCAAGGUUUGUGGAAGUUUAAUUUGCAGGAUGGGGAAGGGAAGUAUAGGUGGUGUAAUGGGAAUGAGUAUGUUGGUGAGUGGAAACAUGGGGUGAUAUCUGGGAAAGGGGUAUUGGUUUGGGCUAAUGGGAAGAGGUAUGAAGGGUACUGGGAAAAUGGGGUGCCUAAAGGGAAAGGAAUGUUUACAUUUGGUAGUGGGAAUGUGAAUGGGAGAGUUGUUGGUGGUGGUGGAGAGGAUUUUAAAGGGGUGGCAUUGGAUCCAGUAGUUGGGGCUGGGGGAGGGAGGAAGAGGUCAUCAGUGGAUGGGAAUUUUCCUCGGAUUUGUAUUUGGGAGUUGGAUGGGGAGGCUGGUGAUAUUACUUGUGAUAUUGUUGAUAAUGUGGAGGCUUCUAUGUUUUAUAGAGAUGGUAAUGAUGAUAAUGGAGGUGGAUGUGAGGGUAAUGUGCAGCAGCAGCUGCAGCCAGGUAGAAGUCCUUGUAGUUCUGUUGAUGGUGAGGUUAAUAAGAAACAAGGACAAACGAUUUCGAAAGGGCACAAGAAUUAUGAUUUGAUGCUUAAUCUUCAACUGGGUAUCAGGCAUUCUGUGGGGAAGCAUGAUGCAAUAAUGAGGGAACUAAGACACAGUGAUUUUGAUCCUAAAGAAAAGUUCUGGACAAGGUUUCCACCGGAAGGAUCGAAGUCUACGCCUCCACAUCAAUCUGUGGAUUUCAGAUGGAAGGAUUACUGUCCCAUGGUAUUCAGACAUCUGAGGGAAUUGUUUGCAAUAGAUCCAGUGAAUUACAUGCUAGCGAUUUGUGGAAGUGAUGCACUUAGAGAAUUUUCUUCCCCUGGGAAGAGUGGAAGCUUCUUUUAUCUAACUCAAGAUGAUCGUUUCAUGAUCAAAACUGUGAAAAAAUCUGAAGUCAAGGUUCUUAUUAAGAUGCUUCCAAGUUACUACCAACAUGUUUGCCAGUACAAGAACUCCUUGGUAACGAAGUUCUUUGGUGUACAUUGUGUUAAACCAGUGGGAGGUCAAAAGACUCGUUUUGUUGUAAUGGGAAACCUGUUUUGUUCCGAGUACCGUAUCCAUAAACGCUUUGACUUGAAAGGUUCUUCUCAUGGACGCACGACUGACAAGCUUGAGGGUGAAAUUGAUGAAACAACCACACUUAAGGACCUCGAUCUAAACUUUGUAUUUCGCCUGGAACGGUCAUGGUUUAAUGAACUCAUUAGUCAAGUUUAUAGGGACUGUGAAUUCUUAGAAGCAGAGAGAAUUAUGGAUUAUAGUCUUCUAAUUGGUCUACACUUCCGUGAUGAUUACUCUAGUGAGGAGAUGAUGUCGCCAAAUGACAAGCAUUUUGAAAAAAGAAAUUCACAUCACGAGGAAACAUCGAUGCGGGGUUAUCAUUUGCUGCCCAAUAUGGAUUGGGUCAUGGAAGGCCGGGGGCCAUUCAUCCGGCUGGGGGCAAAUGUGCCUGCAAGAGCCGAGCGUGUAAUGAGGACUACUGAAAUGGAUCAGUGCAUGGGGGGUGGAAGUAACAAUUCAACACCUUCACAUAAUGGUAAUGAGAUCUUCGAUGUAGUUCUUCACUUUGGUAUCAUUGACAUCCUCCAGGAUUAUGAUAUCAGCAAAAAGCUAGAGCAUGCAUACAAGUCCUUACAAGUGGAUCCCACGUCUAUCUCAGCUGUUGAUCCCAAGUUAUACUCGAAAAGAUUCCGAGAUUUCAUACAUAGAAUCUUCAUAGAGGACAAGUAAUGGAUGGAAGGAAAGAAUGGAAAUUUAUACAUAAUUUUUACACUCGGAAAUUAGACUCCCGGCAACAUCCCAAAAGAAAGAUUUAUGGGUGAUGCAUAUUGUGAAGGAAGGCACGUUGAUUGCUUAAGGUGUUCAAUGUUUAUGGCUAAAUUUUUUAGAGUAGCCAUUAUGUGAUGUGUUAACUAUGGAGAAGGUCUCAAGGGAUUUGUUGAGCAA